CUAUAUAUUGUAGUUAAACUCUCUCAUCCUGUACGGGCAAUUUCAAGUUUGAAGAGCUCCAGAAUUCCUGCGUUGAGGGUUGAAGAUACCCACAAAUAUAAGAAAUAAUUAGGCCAUGCAGUGCCUCCAGAUUCCUCCUUCCUCUGGCACUGAGAGUAGCAAGAAGAAGAGAAAGAAACAAGAAAGAGAAGGAGAAGCCGUGACUGAAAAGAAAGACAAGAGGGACUACAUCCGUGUACGAGCUCGCCGUGGCCAAGCCACUGACAGUCAUAGCUUAGCUGAAAGAGCUAGGAGGGAGAAGAUUGACGAGAGGAUGAAGUGUUUGCAAGGCUUGGUGCCCGGUUGCAACGAGAUCAUGGGAAAAGCCAGAGUGCUCGAUGAGAUCAUAAACUAUGUGCAGUCUCUCCAAAGCCAAAUCGAGUUUCUGUCUCUGAAGCUGGCUGCUGCAAAUCCUGGAAUGCACUGCAUUAGCAGUGAAGUGCUAGAGUUAAAUUCAUCCUGCUACUCCAGAAACAUUGAAGGAAUUAGCCUGCCAGCCAUUAACGAUCAGUUGGAGCUCUUACAACCUGCUAGUGAUUUCUCUGGUCUGCACAUGUCCAUGAAUCCACAGAUAACUUGGCUCCGAAACACCAUCAGCACGGUGCCUAACCAGUUGCACUCCUGCUUCAAUGUAAUUGCCUCUACACCAUCAAUUAAAGACAUAAAUAUGUAAAUGGAGCACUUUCCUAAGAGCUUAAGAUUUUUGUUUCAUAUGCUGAUAUGAAACUUCAUCUUCAAUUUUCACUGUAAUCCUUUUGUUAGAUAUGAAAAACCUCAGGUUCUUGGGUCUUCUGCUUGGGAUGAGACCUGUAUGAACGGCUUCCCUGGCCUGGAAUCCGACCGAGGGAAGGACUCAGAAUUAGAGAAGGGGAAAACUGAAAAAUUGAAAGUAUUUUCAAAUUUGCAAUAUCUGCACACUUGUAGCAUCAACUGAAAGUCCUUUUGUAUCAAGAAAAUAUUCUAUGCAAAAGCUGCAUGAAAUGUUUCUUCUCUCUU